GCUCCGGCUGUUAUUUCAGCCCUUCCCCGCCCCGCCCGCCGGACUUCGGCCCUUCCGCGCCGCGCGGUGCGACCCGCGGAGCUCCGCCAUGGCCAAGUUUCUGUCCCAGGAUCAAAUUAAUGAGUUCAAGGAGUGCUUUUCGCUCUACGACAAGAACCACAAAGGGAAGAUCAGGGCUGCAGACCUGCUGGCUGUGAUGCGCUGCCUGGGGGUCAGCCCCACGCCGGCUGAGGCACAGCGGCACCUGCACCUGCACAAGAUCGAGCGCAAUGCAGAGCUGGACUUCUCCACCUUCCUCAACAUCAUGUACAGGCAGAUGAAGCAGGAGGAGCCUGAGAAGGAGAUCCUGACGGCGCUGGCCAUGAUCGAUCGGGAGAAGCGAGGGCUGAUCUCUGCUGCUGAGCUGAGGGCAAAGCUGACACGACUGGGGGAGAAACUGUCUGAGGAAGAGGUCGACGACCUGCUGAAAGAAGCCAAAAUCGGGCCAAAUGGCACAAUUAAAUACGAAGAGUUCACCCACACCAUUUGCCUCCCCCCAGUCGAUUACUGACAGCAGGAGGGGUUUGCGAGCAGCAAGACCUGCAACUUCUCUUCACUCCAUCCUUCCUCAUCACCACCUGCACUCAGGAAUCAUCAUUUGCCUUUGGGAACCCAGGGGCUGCCUUGGCUGCGCUUCCCCAGGACCCCAGAGAAGCGGUCUCUCAAAACGCGAGCUGAUAUUGAAAUAAAUGAGGUGUGACGUUCCCAAAAGCAUCGUGCUUCACACCACUUCUUAUCAUACAGCAAACCUACAGCCACGUCCUGCUGUGCUCACACUGCCAGGCCCUGCAGCCUGACCCAGCAGCAGAGCUCCCGGCCACAUGCUGCCAACAGCAGUGCUGCACAUAGAAGGGGUGCAGCUGGGCGCGAUGCCUGCUGGCUGCAGGGGAUGCUGCCAGCCUCAACGUGUGGCAGUUCUCAUUCCCCCCUCCUGCAGCGUUGCACUCUGCUCAGGUGCAGCAUCACACAGGUUGGCUCUGUGCUGUUCAGUUGCCCCUGCGUUCAGGCAGCACCUGGGUCUGCUGCUGAGCGCUGGGCUGGAACACAUUCCUGCAGGUGUCUGGCAGGGAAAACAGGCUAUGGAAACCCAGCUUUCCAUAAUAGCAAAAAAAAAAAACACACCACCAAGCAAAAACGCAUCUCUAGACUGCUCAAAGCUGAGGUGAUGCAGGGCAGUCAGUGUUCAUCCCACCUGCAGCAUGGCAGCACAGCUGAGGACUGAGGGCAGCACACAGCAGAGCCAUGAAGGCCGAGCAGGGCUGGACUCAGUGCACAUCCCCACCACCUCCUGCUGCCUCUCCCUCUUCUCAUUCAUUCUGCAGCAACCAACACUCCCUGCUCCAUCUGUGAGACAGCCAGCAGGUAAACCCUCACAGCAAGUCAGUGCAGUGCCUUCAGGCUCUCAAAGGCACGCAGCACAGCUCCAGCACCAUCACACAACCUGUGAAGUCAGGCAGGAACUCCAGCAGCACACCACUGCUUAGAAAGCAAAGCACCAGCAGGCUCUUCCAGCACCCCAGCAGCACGGCCACAGCUGCAAGGCAGCAGCAGGAAUCACCCCAUGCUACAGCAGCAAAGCAUUCCUGCUCACAGGGACCUGGGCCACCAAAGACCCCCAGCCCCCCCAGCCCCCACCCUGCUGCGUGUGGCUGUAGGAAACACAAUGUAGCUGAAUGCUUUUUAUUACAUCUAAAGAGUUCUACAUAAACAGGUAACAUUCAAUAGGUAAACCAUUUGUUUGUUUUUUUUUCCAAUGCAUAUAAUAAAUAUUUUCACUUGGUACUUUUAUACAAACUGACAUUGGUCUACUAUACAUCUUUAAAAGCCAUGUACUGGUUUGGCAUGCCGUAUGGAAACUAUGAGAAAGUUUUAAGGCAAUGAAUGACAGGUCUGAGUUAAUGGUCAUUUUAAUAUUCUGCUUAUAUACAUUUUUUUUUCCCUUUGUUAAUUAAAACAAUUAACAGCAGCACUUUGGGGGACCACCAGCAAUUUUCCCUUGUUAGAAAUCUAAGCUCUGUUAAAAAAAAGAAAGGAAAAAAACCCAAAACAGUUACACUGACAAAACAAAACCCUUUCUGAAUAUAUUUAAAAUGUGCUUCAAACCCUGAAAUGUGAACCCGCAGGGAGGAAUUCCCAUCCCACUGCUCUCCCCACAGCGCUGCGUAUGGGGGCCGCCCCACAGCCGCCCUGCAUGGGGGGCAGCAGGUCGGCCUGGAGCCACUACUGCAGCGCUGAUGGCGGCAGCACAACGCUCUCAAUGCAAGCUGUGCAGACCGCAGUUCCAAGCGGUGGUUUAUUCCCUUCCAACGCAGCACUGAUGCCCACCAGCACCCAAAGCCACGUCCAGCCCAUGCUGUGCACGCACCCUGACCCCACGCAGGGCUCCCACCCCCAGCCCUCCCCUGCAGGAGCUCAGGGAUGUGAACCACAGAGCGCGGCCGCCCAGCAUCAGCAGGCAGCGCUUUGCAGCUCUUCUCCUCAGCCACCCGACGGCGCGGAUCAGAGCUCCGUUUGCAGGGAACUUUGAGAACUCAGACUGAGACUCCUACCAAGUCACGUUAGCUGUGGUCAGAGGCACAGAGAUGAUCGACUAUACAGCACAGCCCAGCGUGAGACACCAACACUCAAAGCAUACGGGAUUCACACCGCAAAGAGUUUCGGGAACGUUUCUCUCCCUUCUUUGCAGAGCAACGAGGUCGGAGCCGGCAGCAGCAAACUGAGCAGCCUUCCUUCCCUCCGGGGCCACGCAGGAGGAGUGCAAGACAUCACCAGGCGGCCUCACUCUCCAGGCGCGGGCAGCGAGGUGCCGCAUCCUGUCUCACCACGCCUGCCACAAGCGGUCUGACACGUGAACGACAAGGAUUUCAAUAGCGUGGUGCAAACGGACGCAGGCUGCUCCUCUGCUCCUCUUCAGCACGCUGCUCAGUCAGUGGGACAUCGCCUCCCUGCGCUCUGCCAACGUCUCUGGCUGCUCUGCUUUACAAGAGGCGCGGAUGGGACGCGGCUGCUCUGCGGCACGGGGCAGCACGCACGGCUAAAAUGCACCAGACAUAUUCCUCAUGGGGCUUUAAUCACUUCGAAAUCAGACUGAGUUUAAAAAAUAAGUAUUUCCCAUUUUCUAUCCUUUUAUUUUAUUUUUUUUUUUAACUGACAUUUAAUAAAUUAUAAAAUUGGUGUAUGGUGAAAUAUAUAUAUAUAUAUCAGCCAGAUAUGUAUGAAAUACACAUGCAUGGGAAAAACUAUUUAACUCACUUUUAACUCACACACACGGAUCUAUAAAUACAUAUAUACACACACAUAUACAUAUAAACACAAACGUUUGUUUUCAAAAUUCAAGUCAACUAUUUAGUGGCAGAGGGAUGCUGUAAAAACACUAAAAACAAUUUUGAUGCCACAUAAUCAUGUGAACCUUUCAAAGAACCAUACAACUGAUCAUACAGCAAUACCUAAUGCUACUUGGAUUAACGUGUUUUUCUUCUUUUUUUUUUGUCAUUUUUCUCUUUUUUUUUUUUUUUUUUUUUCCUUUUUUAAUUAAUGCAAUAUUUUGAGACAACUUCAUAGGCAAAAGGUGGCCCUCGUCAAUGCUCAAAGCAAACUACAGCUGCAAUCAACAGCUUGGGACAUUAAAAACUCAGACAAGCAUCUGCUAACCUCUGUAUUCCUCACUCUCUUUCCUGAUAAACCUGUUACCUGCACUUUCAACCAGUUACAAAAAUAGUUUUCACACCAGAGGAAAUCAUUUCUCUCUGACGCGGACUUUGGGACACAAGAGAAUCACCUCCUUCCCUCCCCCUACUCUCACUUUAAAGAAUCUCCUGAAAAACUGCAUUCCAGCUAUUUACACGUUUCUCUGUAACAAGAACGGAUCAGCCCAAAUGAUCCACCAGCUCUUACAAAAAGAUUUUCCUAUGUCACACAUGGCUGAGAAAUAAAAAAAAAGAAGUGAAA